UCUCUCUCGCUAUAGGAUCUUUGCUCUCUAUCCCUCCCCCUCCCUCUCUCUUCCUCCCUGUCGUUUCCGACGGUUGUGUUUCGGGACCAAAGUGAAAGUAAAGUUCGAGUGUUUGAGUGUGUGUGCCCGCCGCUGCCUCCCCGGGGCUGUAAGGCAUGCUGGAGUUCGGGCAUGGACAGGCAGACGAUAUCUUGGACCCUAGUUCUGAUCCUCUGCCAGGCAAUCCACUACGCCUAUGCUGCCACGCCGGUGUUCAAGAUGACGGGUCCACAGUCGCCGAUCGUGGCCAUGGUGAAUGGUGUUGCUGUGUUGGAGUGCCAGCUGAUUCCGGAGAAGCUGCUGCCCGGGAUGGAGAUCCGGUGGAUGAGGAGUGAUGCCCGGGUACACACGGUCGUCCACCUGUACCGUAACGGCCACGCGGUGACGGAGGACGAGGACGAGGCGUACAAGGGCCGCACGCAGCUCUUCAGCGAGCAGCUGGCCGUUGGCAACGUCUCGCUGCGGCUGGCCGGCGUGCGCUUGGCCGACGAGGGCGACUACCUGUGCAUGGUGGAGCACGAGAGGACCAUCGAACAAGCAGCAGUCCCGCUGAAGGUCACCAGUUUGGGGGCGCGUCCCACGCUCCGGUUGGAAGGUUACCACGACGACGGGAUCCUGGUGCAGUGCAACUCCACGGGUUGGUUCCCCCUGCCCACCCUGCUCUGGACGGUCCAGGGACGCAAGGAUGGGCUAGACGGCUCUGGCACACGGACCGCCAGGGAUGCCGACGGCUUCUACCGUAUCUCCAGCUCGGUGGAGGUGCGGCAAGGGCUGGCGGCCGUCUGGUGCCAGGUGCGGGCACCACUGCUGACGGAACUCCAAGUAUCCCGGAUCCACAUCCCAGAUGAAUUCUUCCCCAGAGUUUCCAAGUACUUCAGUGCUUUCAUGGUGUUCCUGGUCUUUCUGCUCAUCGUGCUGUUCGGUGGCAGCAUUUAUUACUACUGGAAGCGGAAGAAAACCAAGGAGUUGUACAAACGGCCGACACUGGAGAAACACAAGACGAUAUGCGACGCUGUAGAUGAAUUGGAGCUUUUUACAGCAAACGCCAAAGAGAAUUUGGAGCUGGAGAGGACUUUGUGUACUGAAGCUGCUGAGAGGGUGAUCGGAUCUGCAGUGCAAGUGACCUUUGAUGCUUACACGGCCAACCCCUACCUGGAGGUCUCGGAGGACUGCCAGACCAUCUUGUUCAGGGAGGAGUGGAGAGAUCUGGAGGAACACAAUAUGCGUUUCACCGCACGACUCUUUGCCAUGGGCAAGGAUAGCUACCGGAGCGGGACUCAAUACUGGGAGGUGUUUGUGGGCAUCAAGCCGGACUGGGACAUGGGGGUUUCUGUUCCAUCUAUCCCCAGGCACGACUGGGUCACCAUCUGCCCCAAGAACCAGAUGUGGGCCAUCGCCAAGAGGGGACCCAUCUACGAGGCCAGCUGCAACAACCCACUACCCCUGGAGCGACCGGCCACCGCCCAGAUCAUCGGUGUGUACCUCGACCACAAUCUCGGCCUGGUCCGCUUCUACGACGCAGAGAACCUGGCCCAUAUCUACAGCUUCGCAGCGGAAUUCAGGGAGGAAAUCUUCCCCUUCUUCAGCCCCUGGGGAUCGCAGGACAUCAUUAAGAUCUGCACCCCUCUUUCCCCACACCUCGCACAUCGUAGACCAACCCAACUCAGCCAAGCGUUAGGCAAACCGGCCAAUGAAUCCAACAAUGUUCUUGUUUAACCAUCCCGAUUCUUAGCCCCACAGGAAGGCACCAAGUUCACAUUGGACAGAUGCCAGUCAAGUGUUUAGGCUUGUGUCGGGAAGGGGCAGGUAAAUCCUGACCACGCAACAUACAGACGUUGUCACCUUAGUCUGCAGAAGAAGAUUGACAAUAGGUGCAGGAGUAGAAGCCAUUUGGCCCUUCGAGCCAGCACCGCCAUUCAAUGUGAUCAUGGCUGAUCAUCCCCAAUCAGUACCCCGUUUCUGCCUUCUCCCCAUAUCCCCUGACUCCACUAUCUUUAAGAGCCCUAUCUAACUCUCUCUUGAAAGUAUCCAGAGAACCGGCUUCCACCGCCCUCUGAGGCAGAGAAUUCCACAGACUCACAACUCUGUGAGAAAAAGUGUUUCCUCGUCUACGUUCUAAAUGGCCGACCUGUUAUUUUUAAACUGUGUGCGUAGCCCCUGGUUCUGAACUCCCCCCAACAUCGGGACAUGGUGGCACAGCACUGGAGUUGCCUCCUCUCAGUGCCAGAGACCCGGGUUCGAUCCCGACUACGGGUGCUGUCAGUACAGAGUACAAAUGUUGAUUCCACUAUGGUGGAUGUCCGUGUUAAAUUUUAUUUUAUGUGUAUAUUGUGAUCUUUUCACUUAGUAAUGACUGUAUGGUAAGUCAAAUAUCACUGACCCUUAGUUGGUUAAGUGUCAAUAAAUACCAACUUGAACGUGAAUUACCCCACAUACUAGGGUUAGUUUACAGCAGCCAAUUCACCUGCAAACCUGGACAUCUCUGGAGUGUGGGAGGAAACCGGAGCACCCGGAGAAAACCCACGCAGGUCCCACAGGUUGAACUGGACUGCAUAGUACCUGAUGCAAGGCUACGCUUUAGACAAUAGACAAUAGGUGCAGGAGUAGAGGCCAUUCGGCCCUUCGAGCCAGCACCGCCAUUCAAUGUGAUCAUGGCUGAUCAUCCCCAAUCAGUACCCCGUUCCUGCCUUCUCCCCAUAUCCCCUGACUCCACUAUCUUUAAGAGCCCUAUCUACUCUCUCUUGAAAGUAUCCAGAGAACCUGCCACCACCGCCCUCUGAGGCAGAGAAUUCCACAGACUCACCACUCUCUGUGAGAAAAAGUGUUUCCUCGUCUCUGUUCUGAAUGGCCGACCCCUUAUUCUUAAACUGUGGCCCCUGGUUCUGGACUCCCCCAACAUCGGGAACAUGUUUCCUGCCUCUAGUGUGUCCAAACCCUUAACAAUCUUAUAUGUUUCAAUGAGACACCCUCUCAUCCUUCUAAAAUCCAGAGUGUACAAGCCCAGCCGCUCCAUUUUCUCAGCAUAUGACAGUCCCGCCAUCCCGGGAAUUAACCUUGUAAACCAAAACUGCACGCAAUACUCCAGCUGUGGUCUCACUAGGGCUCUGUACAACUGCAGAAGGACCUCUUUGCUCCUAUACUCAACUCCUCUUGUUAUAAAGGCCAACAAGCCAUUGGCUUUCUUCACUGCGUGCUGUACCAGCAUACUUACUUUCAUAGAGUGAUGAACAAGGACCCCCAGAUCCCGUUGUACUUCCCUUAUUCCCAGCUUUGACCUGACAGUAUUGCAAGAUAAAGUCUAGUUCAUAGUUUAAGGUUCUCCAGUGAAGUAGAGGGGAGGUUGGGACUCUGGUUGCUGAAAGGACUGAUCAUUACCUUAUAACAGCUGGGAAGAAACAUAGAAAAAUAGGUGCAGGAGUGGGCUAUUCGGCCCUUCGAUACCGUUCCUGAAUCUGGGACUAUCUUGGUGUGAACAGAUCCAUGUUCUCCUGAGAUGCUGCAUAAUCUACAGUCUUUACUGUGUCUUAAUUUGUAAAGCAGCAACUCUUUGUCUGAUACCUGCGGAAUGUUCCUGGUGUAGACUCACUAUGUGAACACUAAUGCAAAUGUUGCAGUGAGAAUAUGCCUGUGAGUAUAUGUGCCUUAUUUUUCAAACCUUGUGAAUAAUGUAUUAAAUUUUUAUAAAUCGA